AUGGCUUUGAGCUACUACUCCAACUGGGGGCCAAUUCAGCACCUCAACGCAGACUUGAAUGUCUUCAUGCACACAAUCCCAGAGUUGCCUCCGGAAACUUUUGGUUUCGCUGAAAACUUAGCUCUCUCAGACAUUGCUAUCCAUCCAAUCUUCGAGCCCGAAGAGUUGUUCUACUCAGACAACUAUACUCAGCAACUCCCCUCUCUCUCUCCACCAUAUGGCUAUUUGAACUCCCUCUCACCAGAAAUCUUACCGUUCCAAGAUUUCAGACCUUUUGAACACAUAAAAUGUCAAAAGACCCCUGAAAAUAGCUACUACUCAGACUGUGCACCUGGUUUAUGUACUUGGUUUGUUCCGAAUCCCCCGGUGCUGCCGGAGUUGUUGCCGGAAGUUCUCAGCCCAACGCCGGAAUUUCAGUUUCAGAGUCCACCGGUUUAUGAUUGUGGAACAGUUGAGAGUGUGAAGAAGUCCAAUGAGCGGACCUUGUCGACGCAGAGCAUUGCGGCUCGGCAGAGGAGGAGGAAGAUAACUGAGAAGACUCAAGAGCUCGGGAAACUUAUCCCUGGUGGACAGAAUAUGAACACUGCUGAAAUGUUUCAAACUGCUUUCAAGUAUGUGAAAUACUUGCAGGCCCAAGUUGGAAUUCUCGAAUUCAUGGGGUCAAUUCAGGACAAUGAGGAAUCAUUUUAUACUGAAGAACUCCAAGAUCUUCUUGGAUCUCCUUUCUUGCAAGAGAAGUUGUCUUCAAUGGAGAAGUGUUUGGUUCCCAAGAAAUUUGUUCAAACCCUAGCAGAAGAGGGUGAACUUCAAUCCAACACUACAGUUUUGAAGAACAUCAAGGAGUUGAUCCGAACUGGUGGCUGA